AUGGCCGACUUGCCUCAUGCUAUUCCAGCCGUUGAUAUGAUCAACGCCACUUCUCGCCUUCAAAUUGAGGCUUCCGAGGUAAUUUUUGAAAAUUGAUUGGAUUUGCGAAAAAAAACAUAUAAAUUUAUAGAUUAGAGCAAACAAGCCAAGUUGGGGAUCUUAUUUCCGAUCACAAAUGAUUCAACAAGAUGAUUAUAACUUCAUCACCGCUUAUGAAGGAGCCAAGGUUAGUUUUUGUUUUGUUUUUUGACAGAGUUUAGACUAAAAAAUUGUAGAACAAGGAAGAGCGCGAUCAAGUUCUUGCUGCAAAUGAUGCCAAUGGUCAAGCCGCCAAAACUGUCGCUAACUUGAUCACCCAAGUCGCCAAAGAUCAAAAUGUUCGUUAUGUUUUGACAUUGUUCGAUGAUAUGCUUCAAGAAGACAAAAGCCGUGUUGAAAUCUUCCAUUCCGCUGCUGCCAAGCAAAAACGAACUGUCUGGUCACAAUUUAUCAGCAUUCUUCAACGUCAAGACAACUUCAUUGUUAACCAGGUAAUUUUUGAAAGAAGUUUAGAUCAGUUCUGAAAAAACAUGAUUUUUAGAUGAGCUCCAUCAUCGCCAAGUUGGCUUGCUUCGGAACAACUCGCAUGGAAGGUCAAGAACUCCAAUACUACUUCUCGUUCUUGAAAGAGCAAUUGAAAAAUGCUCCAGUAAGUUUAUCUGAUUUUUUUCUUAUCAAAAAUUUCAAAAUUUGUAGACCAAUGAGUACAUGAACACAACUGCUAGAUGUCUUCAAAUGAUGUUGAGAAUCGAUGAAUACAGAAAUGUUUUUGUUGAUCACGAAGGAAUUGAAGCCCUUGUUGCUGCUCUCAGUGGAAAGACAAACUUCCAACUUCAAUACCAACUUAUCUUCGCUCUCUGGUGCCUCACUUUCAAUACGGAAAUCGCCAACAAAACCACAAAAUUGGGAGUUAUCCAAACUCUUGGAGAUAUCCUUUCUGAAUCAACAAAAGAAAAAGUCAGCCGAAUUAUUCUCUCAACAUUUGUCAAUAUUUUGAACAAGGCCGAUGAACGUGAAAUCAAAAGAGAAGCCGCUUUGCAAAUGGUUCAAUGCAAAACAUUGAAAACUUUGGAAUUGAUGGAAUCCAAGAAAUAUGAUGAUCCAGAUCUUGAGGAAGAUAUUCGAUUCUUGAAUGAAGAAUUGAUGUCAUCGGUUCAUGAUUUGAGUUCGUAUGAUGAAUAUUUGGCUGAAGUUCGAAGUGGACGUUUGACUUGGUCACCAGUGCACAAAUCUGACAAAUUCUGGCGUGAUAAUGCUCAAAAAUUCAAUGACAAACAAUUCGAAGUUCUCAAGACACUUAUCAAACUUUUGGAAGGAAGCCAAGAUCCAUUGAUUCUUUGUGUUGCUGCACACGAUAUCGGAGAAUAUGUUAGACAUUAUCCAAGAGGAAAAACGUGAGUUAUUAUCAAAUAUUGAAGAUCUUAUAUUUUUUGAGUCAACAAUGUUUUUCAGCUUGGUCGAACAAUUCCAAGGAAAGCAAGCUGUGAUGAAACUUUUGACCGCUGAAGAUCCAAAUGUUCGUUAUCACGCUCUUUUGGCUGUUCAAAAACUCAUGGUUCACAACUGGGAAUACUUGGGAAAACAAUUGGACAGUGAACCAGCUCAAGGUGAAUCCAUCGCCGCCAAGUAA